AUGGAGGAGCCAGGAAAAAUUCACAGGAGAGGGACAGGUGCCACGAGCCGUUCAGGACACCCGAAGAGGCAGCGGCAGGAGCGCACGGUGUACACCAAAGUGCAGUUGGAGAUGCUGGAAAAAUUCUUCAAGAAGAAUGAGUUUCCGGGCUACCAGGACCGCCUGCGCCUGGCGGCCAGCCUCAGGCUAGAGGAGCACAAAGUGCAGGUCUGGUUCAAGAAUCGCCGGGCCAAACGCUCCCGGCUGGAGAGACUGGCCAAGGGCCAAGGCCAGGGGACCCCCGAUGCUCCCACCGACCCCGGCGGUUGUCGCCGCCGCCUCCGCCGCUGCCGCAGGCCCCGCGUUCCCAGAGGACCCGGGUUUCUGGCGCCCCCCUCCGCCCAGCCCCGCGGGGAUGCUCCCUGCCCCGGAGCCCAGCGUCUCCAGCGGCGGCCCGGCCCUGUGGGGCCCGGCCCAAGGCGCCCGGGCGGAGAUAGCUUUGCGGAUGGGGAGGACUUAGCCUCCAGGCAGUUACUGAAUUUAUCGGUCAUUGUCGCGGCAAAAUCCUGCAGACCCCGCGGUGUCGGCCCGCGCGGCGCCCACGUGGAUGCGGGGAGUGGCUGA